CUCCUCCUCUCCUCAACAUCUUCCUACUCCUCCUAGGGAUGUAUCAGCGUGCGGUGCACCUGUUUUAUCCACUAUCUGGGUCAUCAUCCAUCGCUGAAAUGCUGUGUUUUGGUCAUCAAUAGCUGUAAGAAAAGAUUUAAACGACCUAUUCGGUGGUGUCAGAAAGGCCUCGACUCUUGUCAUUUAGGCAGAGGAUGUGUUGAUUUUUUUGUUGUUCGGGGUGCAGCAGUGAGACAGCAUCUUUGCCGGGUGACACAUCAUUAUCAGCACGAGUGGACAAGCCCUGUAGGACAUCAUGUCGGAUAAAAGUGACCUAAAAGCAGAGCUGGAGCGCAAGAAGCAGCGCCUCGCCCAAAUCAGGCAGGAAAAAAAGAUAAAGGAGGAGGAGAGGAAGAAGAAAGAGGUAAGGAAAAAAUCAGAGAUCCAGCAGAAGAGAGAGUCCAUCCCAGAGGAUUCAGACCUGGACCGUAAGCGCCGCGAGACUGAGGCCCUGCUCCAGAGUAUCGGCAUCUCACCUGAGCCUUCACUAGUCCCGACCCCUCUGUCCCCCUCCAAAUCACUGAGUACCCCCAGUGAGACGGGAAGCCAGGAUUCAACUGAUGGAGGAGCGGUGGGCAGCUUUUACAAAUUGGAUUUUACAAAACGGUCAGGUUUCUCUAAAAACAAGUCCCAAGCACAGACUUCAAGGACGCUGCAGUGGGACACAGACCCGUCUGUGCUGCAGCUGCAGGCUGAUUCUGAGCUCGGGCGCAGGAUGCAGAGACUGGGAGCCUCGAAGAUCACACAGGUAGACUUCCUUCCCAAAGAGAUGGUCGCUUACUGCAAGGAGACACAAACGCCUCUCAACUCCCACCUGUCUGAAGAGGAGGAAGAGGAAGAUGAGGAGAUGAUGGAGGCGAAGCCAGGCCCCGAGUCGGAGCAACAGGAUGAAGAUGACAACAGGGAAAACAAAGAAGGCUCAGUUCUGAGAGAGCUGACGGAGGAGGAGAGGCAGCAGAUCCUGCACUCUUCAGACUUUCAGAGUUUCUUCGACUCCAGCAUCCGGGUGAUGGAGAGAGCUCUGGCCGAAGACGGAAACAUCUUCUUCGACUACAGCGGCCGGGACCUGGAGGAGAAGGAGGGAGACUUGGGUAGCGGCUCCAGUCUGUCCUUCAGCCGAGUUUUCUACGAUGAACACUGGUCCAAACAUCGCGUGAUCACCUGCCUCGACUGGUCCCCUCAGUAUCCAGAGCUGCUGGUCGCCUCUUACAACAAUAAUGAGGAUGCUCCUCAUGAACCGGAUGGUGUUGCUUUAGUAUGGAACAUGAAAUUUAAGAAGGCCACCCCCGAGUACAUCUAUCACUGUCAGUCUCCUGUAGUAUCUGUGGGCUUUGCCAAGUUUCAUCCCAACCUGGUGGUGGGGGGGACUUACUCUGGACAGAUCGUCCUGUGGGACAACCGCAGUCACCGCCGGACCCCCGUCCAGAGGACCCCUCUGUCUGCUGCUGCUCACACUGUAAGACAAACAAACUGUGGCUCAAAACACAUUUUGAUAUAUUAAGGUAUCGAUGUUUAUGUAUAUUUUGGACUGCGGGCCAAA